GCGUCCUACACCCCACUCGGAGGACCAUCGCCAGGAAGACACGCUCACCAUAUCGUGCACCGCCUGUGAAUCGACUGUCGGCCGCAUGGUUUACCUUCUGCCUUGCGGGGACCUCGCCUGCCCGUCGUGCUUUUCUUCAAGUGUAGCCGCCGUCUCCGUGUCCCGUGGACAGGCCAAGUGCCCCGCGUGCCUCGAGGUUGUAACGUCCUUUCAGCCGUACGACGGCAGUCGCCACGUCGGUGUCCGCCCUCUCAAGCGCAACAAGAUCGCGGAGGAGCCUUCCAAGCCUGGCCACACCAUCGUCAUGCGUAUCGACAAUGUCGCCUGGGAUAUUGAACCUCACAUCGUCGAGGCCUUCCUUCCGCCGAAUUCACUCCCUCCCGAUCACCCUCAUCCAAUCCACAUUUGCAUUGAUCGUCUUGAUGGUCGGACCAAGGACUACAUGUACAUCGAGGUUCAGUCCAGAGCGGCGGCCAGGCGGGUACUGCAGAAGUGCCAGAACACAUACAUGUCCGGCGGUCGUGUCACUCGUGGCCGCAAACGUGCUGUGACCAUUUCUAUCGUCACUCAUGAAGAACUCUUGAAUGAACUUCGCCCGACCGGCAAGGCCGAACUCGUGUCGCUUCUUGACUUGUGUGUGGCGACCCUCACUGCACCCACCCCCGCCCUGCGCAUCGACUCAAAGGGCCGCGGCCGCCUCCAAGCAGUACUCAGCACCAACGGCAAAAUUCACUACAUUAAGUAUCGUCAGGCGCCCUAUCACGCAUUGAUGAGUAUCUUGUGCAAAUUGAAGGGCAAGAACUCGCCUACCUACUGGGACUUGUUCCACGUGGCGUCGGGGGCUCUCAUUGCUCUAUCAGACUCAUUGCGGGUCCAGGGGGACUCUGCGAUAUUUGCCGCGGACUUCCGCCUCAAAAUUCAGCUCCUCGAUCUGUUUGACAGCUGCUUCGGUAAGCAUGCGCGUCCCAUCCAGCUUUGAGCACACCCUUCUUCAGAUCUUCAGCAUGUCGGACAUCAGGUGCCCUGUCCUCUGUCUCGGUCCAGCAGACGCCACGUCUCUUAGAUAUUUGACGCUCUACCAUGACCCUUCGCCCGCUUGUGGGCUGUAUCAUGUUUCCCAAUGUCCGUGUUCCUUCUCCCAUGACCUCGGGUCACUCAUUGUUGUACGCAUCGCAAACAGUACAUGUAGUUGGCUAUGCAUCCACGCUCUUGACGAA